UAAAAGCGUACUAUAUCUUUAGUCGCGCUUGCCUCGUCUCCAAUUCGAUCGCGUGCGAGGGGGAGAAGUACUCCUCCUCCGAACUCUUUUGUUUCUCACAUGGCGACUUACCGGGUUCUAAUCUGCAGCGCCUUCUUGGCGCUCCUCGUGUUCUUGUCCCCCUCGCCGGCGCGAUCGGAGGGCAGAGCCGAAAUCCUGGGUAAGUCGGCGGUGCUCACCCUCGACGCUUCCAACUUCUCCGAGACCAUCGCCAAAUACCCCUUCAUUGUCGUCAACUUUUGCGCCCCAUGGUCUGAACGUUGCCAAGUCUUUGGUGCAGUGUAUGAGAAGGUUGCAGCGAUACUGCGUCAGCAUGACCCUCCAGUUGUUCUUGCAAAAGUUGAUGGCGAUGAUGAGGCGAACAAAGAGAUUGCCUCUAAGUAUGAUGUGACGAGAUUCCCCACACUCUUUAUUCUAAGAAAUCAAGGAAAAAGCAUCCAAGAAUAUGAUGGUCCAAUUGAGGGUGAAGUUAAAAUAGCUAACUAUCUGAAGAAACAAGCAGGUCCUGCUUCAGUUGAGAUAAAAUCCUCAAAGGAUGUCGACACUCUCAUCAAGGGCAAGAAAAUCUUUAUUGUAGCAGUGUUCCCUGAUUAUUCUCUCAAGGAAUUUAAAAGAUUUAAGGCGGUAGCUGAGAAACUGCGAGCAGACUAUGAUUUUGGUCAUACUUUGGAUGCUAAGCUCCUUCCAGAUGGGGAUUUGACAGUCAGUGGUCCUAUAGUCAGGCUAUUCAAACCAUUUGAUGAACUUUUUGUUGACUUCCAGGAUUUUCGCGUGGACGCUUUAGAGGAUUUCGUUAAAACUGCCAGUGUGCCUAAAGUCACCAUAUUUGACAAGGAUCCCAGAAAGCGUCCAUUUCUCAUGAAAUUCUUCGAGGUUCCUGACACCAAAGCUAUGCUCUUUCUGAAUUUCAGCAAUGAGGAUUUUGAUGCUUUUAAGUCUGAGUACUAUGAGGUUGCUGAGCACUACAAAGGAAAGAACAUAAGCUUUUUGAUUGGUGAUCUUGAUGCCAGUAAACGUACCUUCCAGUUCUAUGGACUCAAAAAUGAACAAGCGCCCCUCAUCUACUUACAAGAGACCAAGGGCCAGAACUAUCUCAAACCAAAUUUAGAACCUGAUCAAAUUGCAACAUGGGUGAAGGAUUACCUGGAUGGCAGCUUGACGCCAUUCAAGAAGGCAGAGCCCAUUCCUGAGGUCAACGAUGAACCUGUCAAGGUGGUUGUGGCUGACAGCCUUAAUGAUAUGGUCUUCAAGUCCAGCAAAAAUGUUCUGCUUCAAUUUUAUAUUCCUUGGUGUGGUUUUUGCACGUCACUAGCACCUAUAUUAGAGGAAGUUGCUGUCUCAUUCCAAAAUGAUGAUGAUGUUGUUAUCGCAAAGAUGGAUGCUAGUGCAAAUGAUGUCCCGCAUGAGUUGAAUGUUCAGGGCUAUCCUACUAUUUUUUUCUCUUCAGCAAGUGGCAAGCUUGUGCGGUAUCAGGGUGAUAGGACAAAAGAGGACAUCAUUGAUUUCAUACAGAACAACAAAGAUGCAAUUACUCAGGCUGCGACAAUUCAAAAGGAUACACCUGUCAAAUCUGAGUCUCUAAAAGAUGAGCUAUGAUCAAG